UGUGUGCCGAUUCACUUGAAACGAUCGAAUCUAUAUUAGCCAUCAUAAAUGCUUCGACACUUGCUAAAUGCAUUUAUUAAAAUAAUUUUUCUGAAAAGAAUACAUUAUGCCUACUUAUUCGUAUAUUACGAUUAUUUAUAGAAGAAAUAGAUCAUGCUGAACAAUGGUUAACCAUUAGACUUUGACAUGUGUAGUUCCAAACAUAAGGUUAUAAAAUAAUAAAUAAAAAUGCAUUAAUAUCAUUAAGUUACGUAAAACAAUCCAAGUUGAAGAUUAAUUCAUGAGGAUGGUGUCUUAUAGUCAGCGCAAGAUUUUGUUCUUGGUGGAGUUGCUUCCAGAAUGUGAAGAUCACCUUCAUUUUUUUAAAUGGGUUUAUAUGUUUCCUUUCCACAUAAGUCAGUUAUGCAUGAAGAAAAUAAUGGGAAGAAAUGAUAAGAACGCAGCAUGAUAUUCUUCAAGGAUUUCAAAGAAUGCACUAUAAUGAGCCAAGAGUGUCCAAACUGUGGGCAACUUACAAAUGCGUCUUAUUCAAGGCUUGUGAAGGAUAGCUGUGGUCAUACCAAAUGCCGAAUGUGCUUACUGUAUGAGGAACAUGGAUGUAAAACUUGCCAGGCUGAAUGCUGUACUCAGAAUUCUCAAGAUUAUAGAGAAGCAUGCUCUACAAGUCGUGAUCCAGGUGACACAAACAAAACAUCUAAUGAAGAAACUGUGCUACCAUUGGAGUUGGUUAUCAAUAAAGGUACCAAGUUCAAGAAAAAUCAUUACGAUUUAAUUUCUACUAAUCGCAGACCCUUGGAUCUUCAUCACGAAGAGGUCACUUUUAACAACAACGAAGGGGCCUAUGAAUUCACCACAAGUGAUACAAUCAGUAAUAACGAUUCCAGCAAGCUGUACAUUCCGAAAAUAGAACCUAGUGAUAUGGUAUUAAAUAUAGAAGCUCACCUAAGGAAUGGAAACGAUCGAAACGAUUCGGCGAGUUUGCAAAAUCUACAUGAUAGCCAAACAGAGGAGAGAUUCGACGAGGAGAUGGCGGAGAAGAGCAAGAACCCGAAAGGUCGCGAUCGCAGCCACAUAACGAUAGUGUCGAGCAACCCAGAAAGAUACAAAUGUAAUGUGUGCGGUAAGGUCUUUCGCAACAAGAAGGGCAAAUGUUACCACGAUGCCUGUGUGACGGGAGUCAGACCGUAUCAGUGUACCUUCUGCGACCGAAGCUUCGUCAAACGUUCUCACUUUGAAUACCACGAGAGGGUUCACAGAGGGUACAGGCCACACAAGUGCACUCUUUGCGAGAAGGCUUUUCCCCAACGGAACAAACUCAACAGACAUAUGUUGAUUCACAGCAAGGAGAAGCAGUUUGUAUGUUCCAUAUGCAACAAGCGGUACAGUAAACGGGAUGAUCUGAAAAAUCACUUGAACGAACACAACGCGACGACUAUUUAUACCUGCAAGUUCUGCGACAAGCCCUUCCGCAUACUGAGCAAUUUGAAACGUCACAUGCGAACACAUACAAGCGAACGACCGCACACAUGCGACCAGUGCAGCAAGAGUUUCAAAGACAAAUCCAUGUUGAUUCGACAUAAACGAACUCACGGGAAAGAAAGGCCAUUUUCUUGCGCUCAUUGUAAUCGAGUUUUCUUGUCGAAGAGCGAACUGAGACGACACUUGGUUGUGCAUUCAGACGAGAAGCCGUUCUUCUGCGAAUACUGCCAAACGCAAUUCAGGCGAAAGGACAAUCUAAACCGACACAUAAGACACCACCAUUCGGAAGACUCCAGCUGCGGUGAAGCGAACAAUAAAGUGCCUCCGGCCGUCGUCAAGGCGGACCGAAGCUGCUCUGUGAAGAGCAGCAACCAGCUAGCUCGGCAAAAGCAGAAGUCGAGAAAAAUACAGCCAAAGAGCCCCGUAAGCAAAGUAGCCGCGAGCUCAGUCGCAAACUCGCAUCAGAUCAAUUCGCGUUUAGAUUCCAUGGGCAACAUCACGCCCGUGAUAAGGACUACGGCUGAGGUGAGCAACGCGGUGUCGGUGAUCAAUGGGCCCAUCAGCGCCAGGCGAUUGGACGAGCGGACCUGCAAGAGAAUGUUUACGUACAUGGAGCCGAUACCCAUCGCUGAGGCGGCGGUGCUCAAUUGCCGCAUCGAGGAAAAACUGUACCCGCAAAGUGCUAGCAGCCACAACUAUUUCGUGCACAAUUAUCUGAAGGACGGGAACUCCAAAGUCAAUUCCUAUCCCAACAACGACAACGAGCUGCGAGACAAUGCUGCAACGAUAAUAUCCUGUCCAACAAUGAGCCAGGAAGAAGCCGCAACCGGCAUCUGCGAAGAGAAGCGUCAUCAGGAUACAGUCAAGACAAGGAAGGCAAAUGAGAGUGCUCGAAUAGGAGACGGGAAUUCCCGAUCCAAGGAGUACCCAGAUGCCGCUUCUCCACGAGACGAACAGUCCAACUGUGUCUCCACCAUCAAGAAGCACACCGUUCAACAAUCAGACGGAGAUACGGCCGACAGCUCGGCGAGCGGCAAUUCCGUAACGACAAAUCACUGCGUAACACUGCCAAAAGAUUUUCAGGACAACGCUAAGAAGAAACACAUACAUUGGAGGCGCAGAACCGCGGAAACGCUGAAGCCGUGCAAUCGCUGAUCCUGUUUGCUUUCGAUAUGUGAUACUACCGAUAUUAUACUUAACAAGUGUGUUCAAUGUGUACGUAUGCAUGUGUUUAAGUUUGAAUGAGCUUUUCGCUCAAUCUUACCAUAAAGAAAGACAACAGCGUCUUUUACUCGGCAGACAAGAGAUGCUUCCCCCCAGUCUGCCACGGUGUGAUAUACAAGAGGCGCAAACUCUAAACUGUUACGUAUUAUAAUAGUGUAAUUAUAUAUAGCACAUCUUAUUAAAUUGUCGUGCUUUAGUUAAA